GAAAUUCACUUGAAAAUAAACUAAUUAAUUGUAGCUGUAAACUCGUCAUUGUUUUGCGUAAUUCAACAACUAUUUAUCACCUUCUCUUUCUUUUACAAUUCUUGUUUAAUUUACAAAUAUUAGAAAAAAAACCAAACCCAACAGGACGUAUUGAUUUCUCUUCCCUCGUCGUCCUCUCCUUGGACGGCGAGUGGAACCCAACAUCACCUCCCUCCUCCUCCCCCACGUUCACCACAAGCAGCAAUACCAACCUCUAUUGUAGAAGAAAUUGAAAAGAAAUAAAAUGUCCCGUGGAUUUGCUCCGCCAUUUCAAUUGUUGGAGCUAAAUGUGAUAUCUGCCCAAGACCUCGCCAAGGUCUCACGCAAGAUGAAAACCUACGUGGUUGCCUGGGUUCACCCUGACCGCAAACUUUCCACCAGAGUUGAUAUUCAAGGCCACAACAAUCCUACAUGGAACGACAAGUUUGUCUUUCGCGUUGACGACGAGUUUCUCUAUGGUCAGACCUCCGCCAUUAUGAUUGAGAUCUAUGCCCUCCAUUGGUUCCGCGACAUUCACGUUGGCACCAUCCGCGUCAUUGUUGGAAACCUCGUUCCCCCUCCCCAACUCCACCGUCAGCACCGGCAGCACCACGUUCAGCUCGGCAUGCGCUUUGUUGCCCUUCAGGUACGUCGUCGCUCUGGAUGUCCUCAGGGUAUUCUCAACAUUGGGGUGGCCCUUCUUGACACCUCCAUGCGAAGCAUGCCAUUGUAUACCCAGAAUGCUUCUGCUAUUGGUUACCGCCAUUUGAUGGGGGAGAAGGAUCCUCAGAUGCAUAAUGACAAUCAUAGGACCAAAGACGAUGAGAAAAACAGCGAUAGUCGGAACCAAUUCUUACUUCCAUGGAAUCCCAAGCCUGAAUUGAGACGUACAAAGAGCGACACCAGUUCCAUGAUCGGCUCUGAUGCGGUUGCUAAGAAAAUGUUAAAUAAAAAGAAGGCCGGUUCAAUGGUCAAUGGCUCAGCUUAUGAGAAACAGAAUUCAAAUCCUAGCUCCGUCAUCACUGAUUCCGAGAUUUUCAAGAAUUAUAACAAGGGCAAGCCCCAUUCAACUUCUAGUGGGUCGGUCUAUGGCACAUUGACAAAGGCUAAAUACAGGUCCAACGUCUCCGGCGGCAAUAUCACUAAGGUGAAAAACAAAAUCCAUUCCAGUUUAAUUGACGAUAAUUCUUCCUCGACAUUUAAGAAGUUCGACCUUGGGAAAUUGCAUUUUGGCACUCCAAAAAACAUGAAUUUAAACGGUGGGGCGCCGUUUAUAACCGAAUCAGAUCUGGGCCCAUCAGCAUCAGAGGUGGCAGCAGCAAUGAUAACAAGGAAAAAAAAUCACUACGUGGUAGAAGAGACGGAGGGCGAUAUAAUGACUUCUUGGGGCUUGGAAAGCAGCAUGGAAGGCCUCCAAUCGAAAUUGGAAAGAUGGCGAACGGAUCUCCCAGUUACAUACGAUCGUAGUGGUUUAUCCACUUUGUGCAGUGGUAGCAGAGGCUUAAUGAAGCAUAAUACUAGUGACAGCGACAGCGAUAGCGAUGUGGUAUUUUCAUGCUUCGGUGCGAUAUGCGGUGUCGAAUGCUCUAUCGUUUGUGGCGGAUCUCCGCGAGGAAACAAUCCGAGCGAGUGAAACGGAGCCGCUCGUUCCCUUGAUAGCUUAAGUUUUCUUUAACUCGACCCGAAUUCGGUGUUUGUAACUAUCUGCCUUUUGCUAAAGUACGCUAGGCGUGUUUGUGGUCUUCGAAUCCGAUAAAGGGAUUGUUAGAGGGAAAUGGGUGCACGUUAAGAAUGUGAACACCGGGAGCGGAUGAUAGGGACCUGAUGGGGGUUAGACCAUUCUCCUUCCCUAAAUGAUGCAAAAAGGAUUUAACCUCUUUGUUAUUUAUAUAUUUAUAUAUAUAUAUUUAAAUUGAUCAAGUA